AUACAUAUGCGUGUGUGGGAAAUGGUGACGUGAAGCUUUCGUGGUGAUUUUCCCUUAACCGAGCAAUCGGUAGCGGACAGUGCUCUGGUACGGACCGAUUUUUAUCGUUUCGGGCAAGCAAGUUUUGAGCAAAUCGAGGCAAAAAAAUACUUUCAUUUUCACAUAUUGGCAUUAGUAAGCUGUCGAACAGAGGCGUGUAAUUAGUAGUAAAAACCCGUGUGAAAAGUUAAUCCGCAUUCCAACACUCUUUGUUUGGAAGGAUAUAUUUAGGGGCGCAUUAAAAAGAACAACGCCGUACGGAUACAUUCCGUCACAUAUGUUAGCGAAAACGUCCCCAACGAAAGGGUAGAGCAGUGGUACAAAAAGCGUGAUGCUGCUAUCAAUAGGACCAGCAUACCAGAAAUAGAGUGAUAUCCUGGCAGUGAAAGGUCAUAACAACAAUAGGCAACAGUUUACCCCGUUUGCUUCGGGACUGUGCAUUCGAUUGUUUGCCCGAACUGGAGCGGAAAAUCUGUUGCGAAAAGUGCAAAAGGCUGUGUGGUUUGGCCUUGCUCCGUCUCGCUUGCUCGCACGCUCGCAACUCGAAAGGACAUUCCUGUGUGCUUCGGCGAGCAAACCGAACCGUUUCAAGGUGGUGCACCGUUUGCUAAAAACCCUCGCUGCGGGCCGGAACGGUGGGAGAGUGGUGCAGGCGGCCACCAUGGAGCUGAUACGGAAGAAGAUGAAACCCUACCAGCCGUCGGAACAGCUGGUGGUGCGCGAUAGCGUCAGCCUCAGCAUGGACGAGGACCUGAGCGAUGACGUGGAGGACGAGGUGUUCAUACGCGAUGGGCGCACCUGUCGCACGUACGAGGACCGGGGUGCGAAACGGCCACUCAUGGCCCCGAGACGCAAAUACGGCAAAGCAACAAGUGGCAAUGGGAGUGCGGGCGGUAGCGGGGCGGCCGGUGUGCGGUCGUCGAGCCCCAUUCUGAAGAAGUAUCGCCGCCGGAAGUGCUGGAAGUGUUGCGAACCAUUUUGCUACGGUUUGGCAGCGGUAACCGUCCUUAUCGGACUAAUAGUGUUGGCCGCAUUGCUGCUGACGGCUUUCCCGCAACCGCUGCAAAAGAUCAAGAUAUGGUUUCACAAGGAGUCCGCAUUCAGCAGUGCCGUCAUACGGGACAAGUUCAGCAGUCUAAUGUACACCGCCGACGGGGUCUCGUAUGGUACUGCAGACGGACGCAACGGAACGCUAGAGCUGGUCCCGUGCACACAGAUCACCGUACAGAACGUGUGGACACGUGUCAUUGCACGUGUCAACAGUGAAAGCCCGCUCCGGAAGCUGGACGUGAAUGGGGACGGUGUGGAUGACAUCAUCGUCGGGUACGGCAUCGAUGAAAUGGUGGACGAAGGUGUCCGGGACUAUAUCCCCCAGUGUACUUCGCGCAAAACCGGAAUUACCGAUCUGUGCGGUGGUGGACUGCUGGCAUUGAACGGAAUUGAUGGCGACACGCUCUGGCAACGGUGGACAUCGUUUACGAUCUUUUCGUUGAAAUGUAACAUCGACAUCAAUUCGGACGGUGGAAACGAUUGUGUGGCGGCUGGUCGCGGCGGUCUCAUACUGGCACUGGAUGGACACAAUGGGCGCAUACUGUGGGAGUUGAAGGAUUAUUCCGAUUUGGAAAGUUAUGCCGAAAUAAGCAUCGAUCUGUACACGAUCAAUGUGGUACGAGAUUUGAAUGGUGAUGGAAUAUCGGAUCUUAUUGCGGUGCACGUGGAAGAAACGCAACGAGCACACGGUGGCCACAUUAAGCUGAUAUCUGGUGCUACCGGUACGAUCUUGCGUAGCAUUCCCACCCCUUAUCGGGAGGAAAUGUUUGUUCCGAUACAGGAGUUGGCGAGAUCGGAUGGAACGGAUGCGUUUCUGGUCGUAACCGGUGGACAGAACUCGCCCGGUGGCAUUUACAUACUAAAGCAGGAAAAUUUGAUGAAGUACCCAGGGGAGACGGCAUUCGAACCGAUCGUACGGAUGGAUUCGUCCGGCUUUAUGGUACCGGCCGUACUGACCGACCUGAACGGUGAUGGUACGGAGGACAUCGUGGUCAGCUCAUUUAACUCGACCGUGUACGCGUUCGACGGUACGAACCAUACCCAGCUGUGGUCGUUUACAAUCGCCGACUCGGAAAGCGUCAGCUCGAUCGUACCCGGACACUUCGAUCAUGACAAUGUGACGGACUUUAUGGUGAAGUACAACACGGGACCAGGCUUUCCGAUUUACUACUACUCGCAAACGAUGAUCAUAAACGGUACGAAUGGUAAACCAUUUUUGGACAGCUCGAUCAAAGAUUCGGGCGGACCGAAUGGGUUGCUCGGUGGCAUUACCAUCUCCCAAACCGGCGGUGGUGAUUUGUUUCUUCACUGGCAAACACAGUGCCGAAAUCGUACGGCAGACACCACGGAUGAGUAUCAGUUCAUUCCCGAAAGUGACGUUAUACAACAAUCACGUGCGGACACGUGUGCCUUGCGCUACAACCAAUCGUCCGUGCUGAAGCUGUACGCCAUCACGCGUCACGUUGAGCCACCGGGCGCGGUCAUCUUCUCGUCCGAUGAUUUAACGAUCCGGCUCAAUGAAACCGGCACCGCCACGGAACAAAUGCAACCAAACUAUGUGGCACCCAUGAAACAUCCGAAGAUGAAGCUAAAGGGACGUAACGAUGGACAGAGCAGUGCAACGAUGCGCAAAACUUCCGUUGAAGCGCCGGCUGCAGCACAAGCGCCGAACAACCAGGCCGAUGUGCAUAUGGACAAAAAGUUGUCUCCAUCGCAACAGUCCAGCGUGCCCGUGGGUGUUGUCGUGGACAGCCCUGAUCAGGCAGCGAUGCUUGGCAGUAGACGUAAGGAUGUCUUCCACGGACAGCAAACGGCAGUGGCCCAAUCGAUCGAUACUCUUGCCGAGGAAGAAGCAAAACGGCAGGAAAAGAUGGCACUGAACAAUGUUUACAAGAAGUACAUUUAUAACGCUAACGAUCAAGAAUCGGUAGCUGAUCUAGCGGGACCACUAGCCGGAAUGGGUGACGAGGUUCGUGGUGAUGAGAGGAAACCGUACAUCUAUCUGCCGUACGAUCAGAUGGAGCAAGAUAGCCGUAAUCCUUACCUGACGAAUCAAAUUCCACCGGCACCGGUGGGUAAUCUUGAUUACGACUACGGAACGUCACCGCUUGAAGAGGAAGGACGACCAAUUCCGGCACCCUACAAGCGUCCGCGCUAUCGUUCGAAUGGCCGAGACGUUCGUAGCAAGUUUGGUGUUUUCGACGAUAUAGAGCUUCACGAUCGAUCACUGGAGGAGCAGGUGUUUAACGAAUCCAACCCGAACUCGCAGAUCGUAAAGAAAGUGCUGCUGAACGAUGAGAUUAUGGAUGAUUUGAAGAAUGCUGAUCCGGGCAGUAAAGGUUCGAAGGAGACGCUUUGGGAUUUGGAAAUGGAAAAGGAAGCCAAAGAAGCCAUGAACGACGUCAACGCUAUGAACUAUGAGUAUAAUAAUAAGGCCCGUCGUCAGAUCGGAACGACGGUUACUGUCCCAGUUAAGGACACGACUAGCACAACGGCACCAUCAACCAGAAGCCCGGCUCAGAAGCAACAAUCGAUUGUGCCACUUCCAAACGAAAACAUUCUUCCCUCGAUCGCUUCGACCGGUGUGUUGCUAAAGUCGAUCACCAGUAGUACUAGUACGACCACACCGAUCACUUCCACCAUAGCGCCGGCCAUUAAUCCAACCAUCGAUUACGUGUUUGUGAUGAACAUCCGGGAAUCGGAACAAUAUCCACCGCUGUUUCUCGAUUCCGAUCUGAGCUGUAUACAGGAAAAAAUGCAAGCUUAUCGCACGUACCGGAACGAAGAUAUGGUUCAGCUGGAGAAAAAGUUCUUUGCCCAAUGUCUGAAGGCACGGUUGCCGAAUCUGACGCCCCAGUAUCCACGGUUUGAAACGCAAAUCAUUGUCACCCGGUUGGAGAUCGGAUGUGGCUGCAGUGCCGAUCUGAAUCCGGCACGUGAAGUAUGCUCGAAGCUGCACAGUUACGAUCAGCAACGGUGGACACAGUACAUGGGCAACGAAGGAAAUGGCCGCUACUGAAGCUGCGCGGGGGAGAAGGAACAGAUCCUCUGAGGACUGUGAUGUUCAUCUCCGGGGCUCGAUCCAUCUUGUAUUCUUUCUACUUCUUUUAUCCUGUGUGUGAGUGGCGAAAUGUGUUCGCUGUACUUAUUCGCAUCUGUUUGUUUCAGUGUAUUGGGAGAGGAUGUAGGAGAUAGGCGUGGCGUAAAACUGUGAGCUGCGAAGCACAAUUCAUCUCGUCGCAGUAGCACUUCAACAGUCGCACAAUAACUACGGUGCAGUGAACCUCUGCGCUCUGUGCAGAACGCACAAAGCGUUCGCAGGUGGCUUUGCGCGUACAAUCAUUCGCAAACAUUGGAACCGCGCUUCUGUCAAGUUUCUUUCCUUUCCUCGAUGUAAAGUAGGCUAGGAAAAGCGGGGAUUUGCAUCGUGUUUGAAUUAUACUGCACUACCUAACCAGAGUACUGCAUGAGUGAAUCGCGGAUAGGACAAUCCCCUUCCGGCACAGUGAAGUGUUGAAUCAGGAGAAUUAUCAAUGUACACUUAGAUUAGUACCUACCAAAAAAAAAAUGAUAGUCUUGGCGGAUGAGAGAACCGAUCGGUGGACAGUGCUGUUGUUCGGUGAGGUUAAGUUGGUGGUUUGGUUCCGAAGCAUUACCUACGCAUACUGAUAUCAUUCAUAAUCGAUCAAAAGUAUUAUCAGAGCAGAUAAGAUGGCGGAUAGGCAAUGCCGCCGCGCGGUUUGCUAGCAGUAAACGACUAGCAUAUUGCGGAAGAUAGUGAAAAUGGAAUAUUUACAAAACACACGGUAUCGGUAAAAAAAAAAUCAAUGAUCUGUUGCACAGAAAGAUGUGAAAACUUGAAGAGAUAUGUAAAUAUAGUAUGGAACUGGGAAAC